UGAAAUAUUUGUGUAUUUUGUAUUUAAGAUUCAAUCUCUUUGGGCAAUUCACUUUACAUGCUUCAUGGACAACCUAUUUCCAAAUAUGGAAAUGUUUAUAAAGGAGUGAAGGUUUUUGGAACUUCUGGUCGAGGUGAUAUCGCCGUUAAAUCCUUGAAGUAUAGUGAGGAAAAUGAGAGGGAAGCAAGAAUUCUCGUUAAACUCAGUCCUCACCAGAACAUUUCCAACAUUAUCGACUCUGGGAUUUAUCGCCUUGGCCUUGUCAAGCAUAUCUUCAUAGCAAUGGAACUAUGUGGCCCCGAAACUCUGACUAGCUUUAUAAAAAAUACUUUACGAACCCAAUAUAUCAAGAUGCUACUCGAGCAACAACUUGUAAAUGGCAUUGCUUACAUCCAUAGAAACAAUGUCAUACAUCGCGAUUUAAAACCUGAUAAUAUCUUGGUAUCAGAACAUGGAAUGCAAUUAAAAGUAAUAGAUUUUGGAUUAAGCAAAGUAAUGAAAUCCGGUCAUUCUGUCACCAAACCGAGCGCUUUGGGCAUUGGCACAGAUGGUUGGAGAGCCCCAGAGACAUACAAUGACAAUGUCAUAUCCAAACAAGCCGACGUAUUCUCACUGGCACUCGUGAUACAUUUCAUUGAGACUGAUGGGAGUCACCCAUUCGGUGAUAACCCUGUUGGAUGGGGUUACCUUAUAAUGCAAAAUCAAGGAUGUGACCUGAGCAAACUUGAAAGUGAGAUGAGGGAUUUAGUCGGCUGGAUGCUUCGUCGAAUUCCAAAAGAGCGACCUACUUUGGAUCAAAUCCAACAGCAUAAAUACUUUGGUGGGGAACUGGUUUGCCCAUUUCCUAAUCUGGGCUUCAACCAACCUCAGACAGUGAAAGAACUGAAAUUACACAAAGAUGAAGCACAGAAAAAAAAGCAAGAAACAGAAAGAAGAAGACGACGAUUAGAGAUGAUGAUGCGUCAACAGUCACAAGAAUUUCAACAGAUGAAAGGAGGAUAUAAGAAGAAAAUAAAACAAGAAUUGAGACAGAAGAUAAAAGUACCUGUGGAGUAUGAGAAAAAGGGGGAGUUUCCACAGGAUGAACUGCAACAGUUGAAAAAGAAAAAAGAAAAGCAUAAAAAUAUGGAGAAAAAAAUAAAAAACCUAAAGCAAGAAAAAGAAGCAGUACUGAAAGAAAAACGAGACCUAAUGCAAGAAAGAGAAGCAGUACUGAAAGAAAAUCGAGACCUAAUGCAAGAAAGAGAAGCAGCGCUGGAAGCAAAACAACAUUCUGAUAAAAUGCUUCAAAUUUCUCAAAGGAUUCAGCAUGAAUAUGAAACCAUGAUGAAACUAGCAGGAAUAGAUAUUGAAGAUUUGAGAGAUAAUAUGAUCGGUUACACUGUUGGACCUGGUGGAGGCACAAUCAAGCUAUUUUCAUAUGAAGUCAUUUUCCCCCAAGAUGCUGUUGAUAUUCCAAUUAGAACAAAAUUUUAUGUGUCAGAUGACAUUGACAAUCUUACUUUGCCUUCUGGUCUGAUACCUGUCUCACUCCCCCUACAUUGUGCGCCUGGAGGUUUAAAAUUCAAAUUUCCUGUGGUUUUUAAAAUGCCAAUUUGGUGUAGUAUAUCUAAAAAAUGCAAAAGACCAGUGAAACUUUACAUUUAUAAAAGGCAAAAGAGGGGACAAUGGCAGUAUUGUGAUGAGGUGUCUUUGACUGAUUCUGGCUAUGUUUCCUUCACCGCUGACAGUUUCUGUGAAAAGAUUCCUGCAGUAAAUUCUAAAGAUCUGGAACUUGUAAAAUUUGACCUUUUAUAUUUUCUGUGCAAGGAUCAUUUGGGUAGUUUUGAAUCCGUUCAUUUUGUUUCUAGUGAUAAACUUGCAGAAAAGCUAAAAAGCGAAUGGAUUAAAACUGGCUAUAAAAUCAUUCAUCCUCCAUCUACAAAACUUACAGUUAACCCUGGAGACGUACUCCCUGUUAAUUUAGAGAGUAAGGAACCCGAAAAGUAUAAAUUCGAAAGUGCGGGAAAAACUAUAUUAAAAGUCACAAUGGAGUUUUAUGAAAGAGAGCUAUACAAAGCUUUUUCAUUUCUAUUAGAUCCUGAAAAUCCAGGUUCUGAUAGCCUCAAAUUUGUUUAUUCUGUGGGAGAUGUACGACACCUCAAAAGAGCUCUUUAUCAAGAAAAAAAAUCUUCAGAACACAACUAUGACGACUCUCCCAAUCGAACUCCUGUCUUCAAAAAUAUCGUUCAAAUCCAUGGAGAUAUUAUGGUUGGAGCUGGCACCGUUUCCGGAGCUUCUGAUGCAAAUUAUGCCAGAAAUACUGAAGGAAGUCAAGCUGUUGGCAUCAGUAUCGAAGGAGGUGCAGAAAUGGAACAGAAGAGCCGAAGCCUGGAUGAGCAGCCUGCAACUUCACGUUCUGCAAGACCGAAGCAUCAGCAUAAGCAGGGGAAUUCAUCAUCAGGAGCAAGAUCUAAAACUACAGAAUCUCAGUCUUCAAGUCAGGCUACUUCAUCUGGCCUAAGAAUCAUCAACCGACAACCACCUAGUGGAAGCAUGUCGGUGAAAUGGUUGGAUGAAUCACUGCCAGGAUAUAAAUUCGGGUGCACUUAUGUCAUCACCUACUCAUUCCCUGCUAGAAGGCUGAAUGGUGUUUCAUACGAGGCAAAGAAGUUCACUGAAUAUUUGCCUGAUAGUCAAUACCUUGAGAACUUGCUCCAGAAAGCAUUCAAUGCGGGAUUGCUUUUCAAGAUUCAGAUAAUUGGAAGCAGCAGAGGAGAGAUAAUAUGGAAUGAUGAAAUUCUUCAUAAGACUAACAAACGUGGAGGCCCAGAUAACAAUGGAUAUCCUGAUGGUGACCAUAUCGAUAAACUGUAUGAAGCAUUGAUGACGAAAUUAAAGGCAGUAGGAAUUGAAUACUAUCAAUAGAUGAUCGACAAUGGACGUUCAACACUAACUGGACAAUACUAUAUUAAAACUCAUCCAUUGAUUUUGUAGUGUCAUUAUCAAGCAUUUCAUCAAGCCACUUAUAAAUAUUAUAAAGUUCGGUGAACUACAAUAUCAGUCAGAUUGACUCAGAUAUCUUUAAAGGACAUUUUAUAUAUCUCAAAGCAAUUUUCAAGAUAAAACAGCAAACUUUGGGGGUACAGUGGUAAAAAAUAAGUUCCUGUCAUUACCGGAACAGACCCUAAAUUGCCUGAACGGGGUGGAAAAUUCAUCUAAACCUACCGGAAUUACCCAUAGCUAUCUUGUAAAAGUUGUGUAGAAAUUGAAAGUCUGCGGAAUUAAAUACUAACAAUACAAAAUCAACAAUGGACGUUGGACUCACAUGGACAAUAUAAUAUUAGAACCCCUCCAUUGAUUUUAUAUUGUCAUUAUCAGGCAUUCCAUUAUGCCACUUACUUACAUAUUAUAAUGUUUGAUGAACUGCAAUAUCAGUCGAAUUUGACUCAACCCCUCGUUUUUAAAUCAAACUCUAUACUGUUAAUCAACGUUAAUUAGUCAGAAUUUUCAAAACCAACAAUUUAUAUUUUUCUCAAUUUUUCAUCGUUUUUAUCUGUUUCAUCCUUUUAUUGUUGAUGAACUCCAUGAUACUUAUGCAUAUAUGUAUACACCGUAUAUGCUCGUUUUACCGCCCGAUCUUGAUUAUUGAAUAGCCGCCCGUGUGAACAGAACAUAAAAAUA